AUGUCGAACCUUGCUGCUAGAAGAGAUGAGGAUAGUGAUGACGGCUCAGAGGAAACUCGUUAUGCGGAACCAUCGGUGCGUAGAGUGCCCAAUUACGAGAUCUCAGAGCGCGCAUUUGUGCUGAAACAACCAAAUGUCGAGAUUGAUAAGGAUCAAGUGGUUCAAUCGAUCCUUGAGAUUAUCAAAAAUGAAGAAAUGGCUCCUUAUUACAAAUAUUUAUGUGAAGAAUAUCUACCCAGUGGAACGUUACAGCUUGACCAAGCCCUGUACUCGGAAUUGGCAAGAAAGAACGAGGAGAAAGUCACAAGUCUGAAGGAGAAACUGGCCAAAGUUGAGGAUAAUGAUGAAGGUGAAUUGGAACAGGCCCAAUGUUGGAUCGAAUUGGGUGAAUACUAUGCACAAAUUGGUGAUCGCGCUAAUGCUCUUAAUACUUUGGAAAAGGCACUGGGGAAAGCUAUCUCUACAGGUGCCAAGAUAGAUAUCAUGUUCACUAUAACUAGACUAGGAUUUUUUUUCAACGACCAAUUCUUUGUCAUGGAAAAACUAGACCAAAUCAACGUCAUGAUCGAAAAGGGUGGUGAUUGGGAAAGAAGAAAUAGGUUCAAGACUUACAAAGGGAUCCAUUGUCUCGCCACAAGAGAUUUUAAAGAAGCCGCCAAUCUAUUGGUAGACUCCUUAGCCACAUUCACCUCAGUCGAGCUGACUUCAUAUGAGAAUAUCGCCACUUAUGCCUCUGUUGCGGGUCUCUUCACGCUCGAAAGGACAGAACUGAAGUCUAAGGUGAUCGACUCACCAGAACUUUUGUCGCUCAUGAACACAAACUCUGCGUUGCAAUCGAUCUCUUCCCUCACCAUAUCACUAUACACUUCAGACUAUCCAAGCUUCUUCCCUUACUUGCUAGAGACCCACCAAAACGUUCUAUUGCCCUGCAAAUACUUGAGCGCACAUUCAGAUUUCUUUGUCCGUGAAAUGAGAAGGAAAGUGUACGCGCAGCUACUAGAUUCUUACAAGACACUGUCUCUCAACUCGAUGGCCGGCGCAUUCGGUGUUUCUGUUGAUUUCCUUGACAACGACCUGGGUAAAUUUAUCCCAAACAAGCAAUUGAAUUGUGUCAUUGACAGAGUCAAUGGCAUCGUGGAGACAAAUAGACCCGACAAUAAGAAUGCUCAGUACCACCUGCUCAUCAAGCAAGGAGAUGGUUUGCUCACGAAAUUGCAAAAAUACGGAGCAGCCGUAAGGCUCACGGGGUCUGAUCGUGUUGCCUGA